UAUUAAAGAGAAAAAAAAAUCCCAGUCCAGAAAAACGAUAUUGGACCCAGGUUCAAGGUUUACACGCACACCUAAGGAGUCUUCCACAGGGGCACUGCCGGUAUAUUCAGCCUGUCUGUAUUUUCAGAGAAGAAGAUUCUGUUUAUCUGGAGCUGGCCAAGAUGAAGACGCUAGUUGUGUUUGACUUUGAUCACACACUGGUGGAUGAUAACAGCGACACAUGGGUGAUCCGCUGUGCUCCAGAGCAGAGUUUACCAGCCUGGCUUAAGAACUCCUAUGAAAAAGGCCGCUGGACAGAGUACAUGGGCCGGGUUCUGUCCUACCUCAGGGAUCAGUCCGUCCAGCCUGACACGAUCAGAUCCGUUAUGGAAACGAUUCCUUUCACAGACGGGAUGGUGGAGCUUCUGACCUUCAUUUCACAAAGCAAGAGUGAAAUCGACUGCAUCAUCGUUUCUGAUUCCAACACGCUCUUCAUAGACUGGAUUUUACAGGCCCGUGGCUUGAAGAAUGCUAUUGACAGCGUGUUUACAAACCCCGCUAGUGUUAAUAAUGAGGGUUGCAUAGGAGUUCAGUGCUUCCAUUCGCACCAGUGUGAUCACUGCCCAGUUAACCUGUGCAAACAAAAGGUUUUGAGUGAUUUCACAGAAAACCAAGCCAACUCUGGCAUCCACUAUCAGGCUGUAUGUUAUGUUGGGGAUGGAGGGAAUGAUUUUUGUCCUGUAAAAGUUCUGAAAGAAACAGAUCUGGUGAUGCCGCGGAAAGGGUACACACUUGAAAAGCUGCUGCUCAAGGCCAGUAGUGAAAAUGUUGCACUUAAACCUCAGGUUGUGCCAUGGAGCAAUGGCAAUGAAAUUCUUGAGCAGUUGCAAAAACUCGUUCAGCAGUAAUAUGCUGUUUUAAUUGAGCAAGGACAAUCUGGCUAAGCAUUUUCGAAAGGCAUAAACCUGUUGCAAGUAGAGAUGUUCCAAAAUUAUUCUUUCUAAACAAAAUAAAACAUUUGGUCAAAGGUUAAAUACUGGACAUGUUUCUGCAGGUUUAUAUUUAUUUGAGCUCUUUUUAAUAAAUUUAAAGGGCCUAACAUAGAAGAGAAUACUGUAGCAGACAUAGCAACAAAGCACAAUAUACCUGACCAUUACAUAGGUGCUAUUUCAUUCAUAAACUUACUUCAGCGGUGCUAUUCAAGUCUCACGUGAGUGAAAUUUACACCAAAUUUGCUAGUGUACAAAGCUGCAAGACAUUUAGCAAACACACAGAUCCUAGGGCUAAGUUACCUCAGCUAACAUUACUAUCCAAACGCAGUACAGAUUGUACCUGUCUUUUGAAAAAAAGAAAACAGUAUGUAAAGAGAUACAAGAUAUCAAAGUACGAGACGUAAUGCUGAAUGCUUUAUUUUGUUUAAUUUAGGCAAGUAGUGUGUAAAACUGAACUUAAACCUGCUAUUUGAAACACCACUUAAAUAGAAAUUAAAAUAGACAAGUGUUAUUGUUCAGUAUAAAUUAUUGUUGUUCAGUCUGUUUGCUAAUUUGUCCAAACAUUCUAAUUGCUUUUUUGCAUUUUUUGGGCAAAUAUUUGGUGCAUCUCUACUUGCAAGACUAGGUGCUAGUUUCUAAGCCAGAGCCAUAUUAAGGAGCUUGUGUACCAAGAUAUUAAAUAACAACUAAUGAAUAAAAGGUUUUAAUUGUU